CAGAUUUCCAUUGUGUGGCUCGUAUCAUGUCUCCAAACCAAAGGCUCUCCCUGCGUCCUACUUUCCACCACUUCUUCUCCACCCUCCCUUGCAUCUCUUCUUCCAUCAAACCUGCACUGCUCUCCCCACUUCAUGGCUGCCUCCAUCUCCCUGCCCUCCACCUUCCAUGGAAGCUGGGCAACUUCGCUUGCCGGUGAAGACAGAGUAAUGCUGACCAAGUCGGUCCCGACGUGUGUUCACGUUGGCAGGCCUCUGAGGUCUCGGCCGAGGAUGGGGAACAUAAAUGAAGGCAAAGGACUCUUUGCACCGUUGGUCGUUCUCACCCGCAACAUCAUUGGCAGGAAGCGAUUCAAUCAGCUGAGAGGCAAGGCCAUAGCUCUCCAUUCACAGGUGAUCACAGAGUUCUGCAAGACUAUAGGUGCUGAUAAUAAACAGAGGCAAGGGUUGAUCCGCUUGGCCAAGAAGAAUGGAGAAAAGCUUGGUUUUCUUGCGUAAAGGAUAAGAUGGCAUUUUUCAGGAGAAGAAGCUUAAUGUUGUGACUUUUUUCUGGGAUUUUUUAAAAAAAAAUAUUUAAAAUGACCAGAAUGUAUAUGGUUGUCUGGCUUCAAUAGGAAUUUGGAUGUAAGCAAGCAAUCAAUUACUACCUGUUUUCUGUCCAA